CGCCGUGGUCUUCACUUGGACCUGGACUUUGUCAUACGGGGACCUGGACUUUGUCACAUGGGGACGUCACGCUCGCCGCCGCCGCCCGCUUGGAAUACGCAGGGUGUCCAGGUGUGAGCGAGAGGAGGAGGAGGAGGAGUCCCACACCAGGAUCUUGAUCGUAAUCCCUACAAAAUGGCCCCGUCAGGAUCAGCCGUCCUCACGUUGGCCACGGUCCUGCUAAGCGUGGCGCAAUGUCAAGCAGGGGCGGGGAAACCGAAAGCCAGCCCCCCACUGGGAUUCACGCACCGUCUCUACAACGCCACCAUCAGGGAGAACACGCCCCCGCGCACGUACGCCGAGACGCCGCUGAAGAUGGGCAUCCAGGUGUCGGAUUUCUUGUGGCGGAUCAAAUACGUCGUCGUCUCCGGGGACGACGACGACAUCUUCCAAGCGGAGGAAGUGAAAGUGGGGGAUUUCUGUUUCCUGAGGCUUCGAACUACCAGCAGCCACUCGGCUCUGCUCAACCGGGAGAUCCGGGACACGUACAUGCUGACGGUGGAGGCCACGGAAAGCACCUUUGGCUUCCAGGCAAAGACCAAAGUCUUCAUCCGGGUUGUUGACGUGAACGACCUCAAGCCGCUUUUCUACCCCGCCUCGUACAACGUGGCCGUCGGCGAAGACGCCCCGCUUCAGUCGAGCGUGGCCAGGGUUAGCGCCACCGACGCCGACAUCGGCAGCAACGCUGAGUUUUACUAUUCCUUCACCGUCAGAUCUCAUCCGUUCGUAGUCGAUCCUUUCAGCGGCACCAUCAGCCUCUCCAAGAAGCUCAACUACACCCGCAUGGCCAGAUAUGAACUCACCGUUUUAGCGGAGGACAGAACCAAGAAAAUAUCGGGUGUUCAGAAAUUCGGCAACGUGGCCAAAGUUACCGUGAAAGUGCAAAAAGCUGCCAUUUUGUCUCCAGUUAUCAAGACCCCUUCCGCAUUUUCAGUUUCUUCAGACGGCACAGUGACUGUUAGUGUCCACGUCCAGGCCGGACUGAAGCCGGUUGAAUCACUCGGCAUUGUUGGAGGUGAUCCUCACCGGUACUUUGAGGUAAUCCCUCUAGGAUCACAGGGGGACCACUUCCAAGUGGUGUCCACCAAAACAAUUAUCUGGUCACAAAGUCCCUUUGGACUCAAUCUGUCCCUCCAAGCUAAAGACAGAAGCUCUCCAAGUUUGCUCUCUGCCAUUACCAAGGUCCACAUUCCGACUUUUCAUUACAGCCCCAUGGCGUUCCUAGAAGACACCUACAUUGUCCCUCUCAGUGAGAUGUCUCCCCCGAAAACAUUCGUUGUGAAGGUUUCAGUCGACUGCGCCAAUGCUACUUACAGUAUCAAAACUAAUCCAGAUAGCUCAAAGUUCCAGAUAAAUCCUCAAACUGGCAUGGUUGUGACCAGGGAGACGUUUGACUUUGAGAGUCAGGUUCGCUAUGAGUUUGACGUAGUGGCUAAUGAAGGUGAGGCUGAGACUCACGUCGUGGUUGAGAUCACAGACGAGAAUGACAACAGCCCAGACUUCAAGAUGACCCCCUAUAAGGCGGGAGUGGAUGAAAACAGCCCAGUCGGCAGCAGCAUUUUGAAAAUAGAAGCCACCGACGAGGAUAAAGGGAAGAACGGCUUUGUAACGUACGCUAUUGCCAACUCAGACCUCCUGCCCUUCGCAAUAGACCCCUUCACCGGUGUUAUCUCCACCUCGGAGCACUUGGAUUAUGAGCUGAUGAAACGCUGGUACCACCUGAGAGUUUGGGCCUCGGACAGCGGCGAGCCGUUCAGUCGGGUCAGCGAAUGCCCGGUGACGAUCACCAUCAACAACGUCAACGAUAACAUUCCCCUUUUUGAGAGGGUUGGCUGCAAUAUCACCAUACCUCCGGACCUAGCAGUCGGUCACAGCAUCGUUGAGCUGUCGGCUAUAGAUUUAGACGAGCUGCAGCAGCUCAGCUAUGUCAUCCAGUCCGGAAAUGACCUCCAAAUGUUCGGUAUGGACUCUGGGUCGGGGCAGGUCACGCUUAGGCGAGCCAUCCCGCCAGGUGCAAAUUCAUUCAAUUUGGAAGUCGUGGCCUCAGACGGAGAGCAUCGCUCCGAGGCGUCAGUUGUCAGGGUAACGGUCACCAGCAGAGGUGACGAGGCGACAAUUGCCUGCCAGGAAACGGGCAUUUUCAAACAGCUCAAAGACAAACUGAUAGAGUCAAUCAAACCCAUUUUGAGUGACACUGAAGAAGACACCUUCUCAGACGUUCAUAUUACCAACAGACACUCUCCAAAGUUCGACCCCAGCCUUCCGAGUUCAAUCGACAUUCCUGAGAACUACCCGCUGAGCUCCAUUGUGGUUCACUUCAAGGCAUCAGACCACGACACGGGCUUUAACGGCAUGCUGGUUUACGGCAUCUCAAGUGGGAACGACGCAGGUUGUUUCUCCAUUGACACGUUCUCUGGUGACCUCCGUCUGCGGUGUCCACUGGACAGGGAGUCCAAGGAGUUCUACAUUUUGAACAUCACCGCGUACGAUUUGGGAACACCGCAGACAUCUGCGUGGAAGUUCCUUGCCGUGAACAUCCUCGACGUCAAUGACAAUCCUCCUCUUUUUGAUCAGCCAAGACAUGUGAUACGCAUCCCUGAGAACACCGGGGCGGAGUCUGUCAUUUUUACAGCUCGAGCUACAGACCCGGAUGCAGACGUAAGCGGGGAUGUCAAGUAUUCUCUCCUAACGUCUACUGACAUGUUUCGGAUUGAUGAAGUGAGCGGCGAGGUGACGGUGACAGCUCACUUGGAUCGUGAAACCUCCCCCAGACACGACCUCUGGAUUGAAGCCAGGGAUCAAUCCAAACUCAAUCCCCCGAUGUGCUCCUCUCUUAACCUUGUGGUGGUGCUGCAGGACAUAAAUGACAACCCGCCAACAUUUGUACCAAAAGUCUACAAAGUCAAAGUUCCUGAGGAUAUACCCGUGAGCACUUUACUGGUUUGGGUGGAGAGUGUGGACUUAGAUCUGGGCAGUGGCGGUUUGGUCACCUACAACUUAAAGAACACGGAGAGCGGGAUCUUCCACCUCGACCCGUCCACGGGUGCUUUGACCCUCGAGAGGGAGCUGGACUUUGAGAGGCGUUCUUCUUAUAACCUCACAGUCCGGGCUGUGGACCACGGCCUUCCGCGAUCCCUCUCAUCGUCCUGUUUUGUGGAGAUUGAGGUUUUGGAUGUCAAUGAGAAUCUCCACCAGCCAGUCUUCUCUGCGUUUGUCUACGACACCGGAGUGAUGGAGGACACAGCUGUGGGGACAUCGGUGCUUGCUGUGACGGCCUCGGAUAAAGACCUGGGCGGAGAUGGAGUCAUCAGGUACCACAUCCAUGACGGCUCCGGUCUGGGAGUGUUCGCCAUUGAUGAGGAAACGGGAGUGAUCCGAACGACUCGGGUAUUAGAUCGUGAGAAGGUUCCUCACUACUGGCUUUCUGUCUACGCCACCGACCUGGGAACCGAGCCUCUGUCCUCGUGGACGCACGUCUUCUUGGAGGUUCUGGAUGUCAACGACAACGCUCCAGAGCUUUCCCAGCCGGUCUACUUCGCCUCGGUCCAGGAGAACGUGGCAGGGGUCAAGUCUGUCAUCCGAGUGUCGGCCACAGACCUGGACGUGGCCUCCGAGGACAAGCUGUCCUUCCGGAUUCCAGAAUCUCAUCAGACGUACUUCGACAUUGACGCCAAAACAGGUGUCAUCAGCACGCUGGCAGCGUUGGACCGUGAGGACAAACCAGAGCAUAGCAUUGAGGUCAUGGUGUCAGACAAUGGCGACCCCUCGCUCCAGUCCACCGCCACCGUGGUCAUCCAGGUCCUGGACGACAACGACAACCGACCAAAGUUCACGGACAAGCUCUUCCACGUCAAGAUGCCCGCCCAGCGUCGCCGGGCCGGCACACAGGAAGUCUGCAGGAUGGUGGCCCUGGACCAGGACCAGGGCUCCAACGCCGACGUGACGUACCAGUUACAGGAUAAUCAGGACCAGAGGUUUGGCCUUGACCCGCUGACCGGCGUGGUGACCUCACUUGGUGAUUUCUGGCCUGGGAACUACACCAUUCUCACGGUGAAAGCCACGGACCAGGGCAGCCCGCCGCAGUGGUCCACCGCCAGGCUAGACGUGGAGUGGGUGGAGCCCCCGCCUUCCCCCGCCGACCACAUCACCUUUGACGAGCCCCACUUUACCUUUGCCGUCAUGGAGACGGAGCCCGUCACGCACAUGGUGGGCAUCAUCACCACCGAGACGUACCGGCUGCGGUGGUUCCGCAUCGUAGGCGGCGACGAGGAGAAGGACUUUGACAUCCAGAGGAACUCCGGAACCAUCAACAUCGCUCGCCGCCUGGACGCCGCCCGGCGCUCCAACUACAACCUGACCGUGCAGGUCACUGACGGCCACCACAGUGCCACCGUGCAGGCCUACAUCCGAGUGCUGGACAUGAACGACCAUCGGCCCGUCUUCCUGCAGUCAGUGUACGAGGCGAGGGUCCCCGAAGACACGUCGCCGUGGAAGGACAUCCUCCAGUUGGGAGCGCGGGACGCCGACGCCAACAGCAAGCUGGUGUUCUCCAUCCAUAGCAGCCUCCAUCCCGCCAGCACCGCCCUCUUCCACCUGGACCCUAAGAGCGCCGUCUUGGUGACCCCGCAGGAGCUGGACUACGAAGCCAUCCCCGUCCACACGCUCGUCGUCAUGGUGCGUGACCAGGAGAUGCCCGUGAAACGGAACUUUGUGAAGGUGAUCGUUCACGUGGAGGACUGUAACGACCACGCGCCCGCCUUCCUCAGCCCCCGCUACCCGGCCACCAUCUCCAACCUGGCCCCGGCGGGCUCCGAGGUGGUACGGGUCAAGGCCUUGGACGGCGACGCGGGCAGCAACGCCGCCGUCACGUACUCGCUGCAUUCAGGAAACAUCAACAACAUGUUCUCCAUAGAUCAAGUGCUCGGCUCCAUCACUGUUUCCAAACCCGAGGAACUCCAGCAUCAGGACCAGUACCACCUCACGGUCAAGGCGACCGACCAGGGCUUUCCCCAGCGUAGUGACAUCUGCUCCGUCCACGUCAACAUCCGCAUCUCGGACCACACCCCGCCCGCCUUCUCCACAGACGAAUAUUUGGCCGAGAUCAGCGAGCUGAGCAGUUUGGGGACGUCGGUCCUCACCAUCUCUGCCUCCAGCCCGGCCACGGUUCACUAUGGGAUGGAAAGUGGGGAUCCAGACAGAACGUUCCAUAUCAACAAAUACACGGGCUUGAUAUCCAUUCAAGAGCACCUGGAUUUUGAAACAUGCUCCUCCUACAAGCUCAAGGUUUCUGCUUCCACCAGCUUUGGUGCCUCGUCCAUGACCGUGGUUUAUGUCUACGUGUUAGACGAGAACGACAACGCUCCCAUUUUUGGGCAGAAAGAGUAUGUGGGUCAGAUAAGUGAGGCAGCACAUGUCAAUAGCAUGGUUCUAGGGGACGUCAACACCCCUCUGGUCAUUCAGGCUUCUGAUGUCGACCAAGAUGAAAAUGCCCUGCUCGUCUAUCAGAUCGUGGAAGCAGAGGCCGCGGAAGUGUUCAAGAUAGACGCUAGCACGGGUACCAUCUCACUGAUUGCCCCGCUCGACUUUGAAAGCCAGGCAGAGUAUCACUUCAGCGUGCGGGCCAAGGACUCGGGGGAGCCAUCGCUGAACGCAGCGGAGCCCGUCAAGGUCACCGUGCGCGUCCUGAACCUGAAUGACUGCCCGCCACAAUUCGCCAGCGCCAUCUAUGAGCAAUCCAUCAUCUCCCCGCCUGUCCGGGAUACAGAGGUGCUGCGCGUCACGGCCCAUGACGCCGACUCUUCGGUGUCGUACAGCAUUACUGAAGGGAAUCUGAACAACGCUUUUACCAUCCACCCCGCCACCGGAGUCAUCUCCGUGAGCAAUGUGUCCGGUUUUCAACACUCUUACCAGCUGCUUGUCCGAGCCUCUGAUGGCCUCCAGAGAGACUCGGCCACUGUCCGGGUGAAUGUAACCAACGUGACCGAAAGCGGUCUUGGUUUUGAGCAAAAAAUGUACUCGGCAAGUGUUUCAGAAAAUCUAAACACGGUGAAAACAUUAGCUGCCCUCAAACCCAUCGGUUGUUCUUUCAACGAGCCUCUGCUGUACUCCGUUUUGAACCCCUCGGGGAGGUUUGCAAUCUCCCGCACUUCCGGCAUCGUGGAAACCACCGGUGUGCCCUUUGACCGAGAGGACAAAGACGUUUAUGACCUUGUGGUGAUGCUACAAGACAUGAGAGAUACUCCAAGAACAGCCACCGCCUUGGUCAAGGUAUUCAUCGACGACGUCAACGACAACUCGCCUCAGUUCCUCAACCUGCCCUUCUCAAUGAUGAUAUCUGAAGAUGCAGAACCAGGGGACGUUCUGUAUCAGGCAACUGCCAUCGACCGAGAUCUGGGUGAAAACGGAUCCAUUGUGUACUCACUGGAGGAGGACUACGACCUCUUCAGGAUUGAUCCAGACAUAGGUGAUAUUUCCCUCCAAAGACCUCUUGAUUUUGAAGUGCUGAGUAAGUACGUCUUGACGGUCCUGGCCAUAGACGAAGGGGAUCCGAGUCACAAGACUGAGGCACAGCUCAGUGUUCAAGUGAGGAACAGAACCAACCCAGUUUUCCAAACUCUUUUGUACCCGCUGAAAGUGCCUGAAAACGUUCCUCCGUUCACCACCAUCUUACACGUGCAGGCCAGAAACCCUGAAGGCUAUCGACUGAUUUACAACCUGGUGGAGGAAAACGCCUCAAAGCACUUCCAUAUCGAUUUCAAAACAGGCGCUCUGACUGUUAGCAACACGCUGGACUACGAAAGUCAGACAAUGCACGUGCUGACAGUGCGAGCUACCGAUUCUGUGACCGGAGCGUUUUCCGAGGCUUCCAUCGAGGUAGAAGUUGAAGAUGUGAACGACAACGCCCCCUUCUUCUCAGAGCCAAAGUACAGCGCCAGCAUUGCGGAGGGCCUUCCUGUCGGCUCCUCAGUUCUGCAGCUUUCAGCCUCUGACUUGGACUCUGGCCGAAAUAAAGACCUGACUUUCCAGAUAGUGAGAAUAGAAGGGCGUGAAACUGAUUAUUUUGGCGUAGACCGUCACAGUGGACUGAUUUUCACAAAACAGGUGCUAGACCAUGAAAGCACCAGUCACUUCCAAUUGAAAGUCAAGGUUGUCGACAACGGGACGCUCCCCCUCAGCGGCGAGACAAAUGUCUUUUUAAAUGUCACCGACGUGAACGACAAUCCCCCGCAUUUCGUGAGCUCUCAUUUUGAAGCCACACUUGAUGAAACGGCAAAGUGCGGCCACAUUGUCAUCAAAAUCCAAGCGUCCGAUCCGGAUGUCAGUGACGCCAAUCACCUCAGAUACAAAAUACUCGCAGGAAAUGUAGGCCGCUACUUCCGUAUAAACGAAUCCUCCGGGAUAAUCUCCUUCGCCAACGUCUGCAGGAAGAACCUGGACGCCUACUAUAACCUGACCGUGGCGGUGUCAGACGGCGUGUUUCAGAAGAGCGCACCGGUCAACAUUGACAUGAUAAACAGCAACAGACACAGUCCUUACUUCAAACAAAACCUCUACGAGGCCGAGCUGGCGGAGAACGCGGAAGUCGGCACACGCGUGAUCCGCCUGGCUGCCAUCGACCCCGACGACGGGGCUUACGGCAGCGUGGACUACACCAUCAUCAACAAGCUGGCAGAUGAGAAGUUUGCCAUUGACGACAACGGUCAGAUCGUCACGACACAGCCGCUAGACCGAGAAAACCCCGAGCAGAGAGUCAUAGCUAUUAAAGUGAUGGCCAAAGACGGAGGCGGUAAAGUCGCCUUUUGCACGGUCAAGAUCAUUCUCACUGACGAUAACGACAACGUGCCGCAGUUCAAAGCGUCCGAGUACCAAGUUUCUAUUCAGUCCACCGUCAACAAAGGCUCGCCGGUCAUUCAGAUUAUGGCUUACGACGCGGACAACGGCAAGAACGCCGACAUCACCUACACCGUGGAUGAGGCGACCGAAGACGUCAUCGAGAUCAACCCUUUCACCGGCAUCGUCAGCGUCAAAGAGAGCCUGGUCGGCAUGGAGAACAAGAUCUUCAACUUUAAAGUGAAGGCUCGCGACGGCAACCUGCCGUUCUACAACUCCACCGUCCCCGUUCAGGUCAAGGUGCUCCCUCCCGAAGUCCCGCUCCCAAAAUUCUCAGAGCCCCUCUACAGUUUCUCAGCCGCCGAGGACAGUCCCGUAGGGACAGAGAUCGGCUCUGUAAGAGCCAAGUCGGACACGCCGCUCAUUUACAGCCUGGUCAACGGCAACACGGUGGAAAGCAACAAGGACAAAGUGUUCAGCUUGGACAAAGAAAGUGGAACUCUGCUUCUGCAGAAACACAUGGACCACGAAAGGACCAAAUGGUACCAGAUAGAUGUACUGGCACAGGGCAACCACAACGGCACCGACGUGGCGUCGCUGGUGUCGGUCAGCAUCCAGGUUCAGGAUGUCAACGACAACCAGCCGGUGUUCGAUGCUAACCCUUACAGGGCCUACUUGGCUGAGAACAUGCCGACUGGAACCACCGUCAUUCAGGUGACUGCUAAUGACCCGGACACCGACACCAACGGUCUGGUGACCUACAGCCUGGAGCGUCUGCCUGACGACACCACCACCGACAUCACCCAAGUCUUCUCCAUCGACGGCGACACCGGCUGGAUUGUGACGGUGCAGGCGGCCGACUGCGAGGCUUCGAGGGUCUACCGCUUCCACGUGCUCGCCAGCGACCACGGCGGCGACGCCAAGCUCUCGUCCAGCGUCCUGGUGGAAGUGACGGUGACGGACGAGAACGACAACCCGCCCAGGUUCUCCCGGGACACGUACCGCGGCUCGGUGGUGGAGAACGGCCGUCCCGGGGAGGUGAUCGUCUCCAUGACGACCACGGACGCGGACGUUUCGCUGGAGAACCGCCUGGUGACGUGUUACAUCACAGAGGGAGACCCGCUGGGACGCUUUGCCGUCAUCCAUCAGGACGAGGGCGAGUGGGGUCUGAUCGCCAAGGAGCCCCUGGACCGCGAGGCCGCAGACAGAUACACGCUGAAGAUCACGGCCAGCGACGGAAAGUUCCAGACGCCGGUGAGCGUGCACGUGAGCGUGCUGGACGUCAACGACAACAGUCCUCAGUGUGACCAGCCGCUUUACACGGAAGUGCUGAUGGAGAAUUCUCCCUCCGGCACGUUCGUGCUGAAGGUGUCGGCGUCGGACGCAGACAUGGCCGCCAACGGACGUCUCUCCUUCAGCCUGCACGGUCCUGACGCCGACAAGUUCCAUCUGGACCCGAGGACAGGUGAGCUGUUCACCCUGGCGGUGCUGGACAGGGAGACAGAGUCCCAGUCCAGCAUGGCGGUGAGGGCCACGGACGGCGGGGGGAACUGGUGCCAGGCGGACAUCUUGCUCAACAUCCAGGACACCAACGACAACCCGCCGCGCUUCUCCUCCGCCCGCUACCAGGUCACCGUCUUCGACAACACCACCGUGCGCACGCCCGUCGCCGCCCUCUACGCCAAAGACCCGGACGCAGGUAUAAACUCCGAGGUGAGGUAUUCCCUCCUGGCGGGCGACGGCGGUUACUUCUCCUUGGACCAGAUGUCUGGCAUCCUGCGCCUGGAGCGACCCCUGACCCCCGACACGCCGUCCAGUCUGGAGCUGAAGGUGAAGGCCACCGACCGCGGUCUCCCCCGGCAACUCUUCUCCGUCGCCACGGUGACGGUGGACGUGGUGUCUCUGGAAGACUACCAGCCCAUCUUCCUGAGCAGCGACUACACCGCCCACAUCCCCGAGUCUCUGUCCGUGGGCUCCGAGGUGCUGAGGGUGUCGGCCCUCACCACAGAAGAGUCGGGGCCGGACGCCGUUGUCUAUCGCAUCCUGUCUGGGAACCAGGACGGACGCUUCCUGUUGGAGCCUAAAACUGGCCUGCUGACCCUGGCCGCCCCGCUGGACUUUGAAGUUUCCCGGGAGUUCUACGUGUCCGUGGAGGGCCGGCGAGGACGCUCGACCCUAGCCGACGUCACCACGGUGGUGGUCAACGUCACCGACGUCAACGACAACGCGCCUGUUUUCGGGCGGGGCGACUACAGCGCCGAAAUAUCGGAAGAGGAUGCUCCAGGAAGCCUGGUGAUGAAGGUCACGGCGAGCGACCAAGACGGGCCAGUCAACAGCCUGGUGCGUUACUCCAUCGUGAGCGGCGACCCUCUGCGACAGUUUGCCAUCCACCCUCGCAGCGGAGAGAUCAGUGUCUGUGCCGGACUGGAUCGAGAGGAGCGUCCUCAUUACUCUCUGACGGUGCAGGCGGCCGAUGAAGGUCAGCCUCCUCUCUCCUCCGCAGUGGUGGUGUCUGUCACCAUCAACGACUUCAACGACAACCCACCCCUCUUCUCACCUGUGGAACACAGUCUGCACUUACAGGAGGAUGAGUCGGUGGGUAGCGGCGUCCUGCAGCUGGUGGUGACGGACAAGGACACGCCCAGGAACGGACCCCCCUUCUCCUUCCACGUCGUCAGCGGCGACGAGGACCGCCGCUUCCACGUGGACCAAGGGGGCCUGCUAUCGCUGGCGGCCCCCCUCAGGAGGAAGACCCGAGCUCAGCACCAACUUAAGAUCCAGGUGACAGACAGUGGUCAUCCUCCCCUCUCGUCCAUCUGCGUGGUCACCAUCAAGGUCAGCGAGCAGAGCAAGUAUCCUCCCUCCGUCCUCCCCCUGGAGGUCUUCAUCACCACCACCCGGGACAUCUUUACUCACCGCCUGAUCGGCCGGCUCCACGCCUCGGACCAGGACCCGCAGGACACGCUGGCCUACGGGCUGGUCUCCCAGGACCCGGCCGAGCCCCGCUUCUCUGUGGACCCCCUGGAGGGUAAAAUCUGGGCGGGAGAAGACCUGCGGGAGGGUUCCUACUCGCUCAACGUCAGCGUGACGGAUGGCAGGUUCAGCGUCUGGACCGGGGUCAAGGUUCACGUGUGGGCGGCCACUCAGAGGGCGCUGGACUCGGGCCUGACCCUGCAGCUGGCUGAGGUCUCUCCGGAGGUGUUUCUGGCCGAUUACUGGCGGGGUCUUCAGCGCAGCCUGGGUCUAGGUCUGGGUUUGCUCAGGCAAGACCUUCACCUGGCCAGCCUGCAGGUGCCGCCUCACACCCAGGUUCUGGAGGUUCUGCUCAUCUGGAGGCCUCAGAGUGGACUCAUCCGGCCUCUCCCGACCAACAAACUAGCAGGCGUCCUGUCGGACAUCGAAGACUCUCUGGGCCUGAGCGUUCUCCAGGUGAGCCACAACGGCUGUCUGGGCAGCGGGUGUCCGCCGCGGGGCUGCAGGAACGCCGUACACCUGGCGGGAGACGCCGUGACCCAGUUCAGCACCGCCAGGGUGGCCUACAUCACGCCAAGGCACAGCUGGGAGAGCGUCUGCCCCUGUAACGAGUCGGCGUUGAGGUUCAGAGAGCGGGCCUACCUCAGGUACCUCCACGGGAUGGACGAGGAGCAGCAGCACUUCAGACUCUCCCUGAGGUUCAGAACCUUCCAGGAAGAAGGUCUGCUCAUGUUGGCCAACGGCACAGACUGGGGAAGCUUGCAGGUGAGCGGCGGCCAUCUUCAGUUUGUCUUCAGCUGUGGCGUGCUGGCGCCCGGCGUGCUGGCGUUGAGGUCACAUGACGUGUCAGACGGAGGAUGGCACCACGCCCUGCUGGAGGUUCAACACGCGUCCUUGAAGCUGACCUUGGACCGCCAGCCGCCAGUGUCCGCCAAGGUGGCGUCGCCGUGCCGCAUCAUGCGUCCCCACGGCGCUCUGCUCUUUGCCGCCGACCCUCAGGACUCCGCCCCCGGGGCUCGCCGCCCGCCAUUCCACGGCUGCAUGGAGCACCUGGAGGUGAACGGGGAGCCAAUCGGAGUGGGCGAUGCAUCGGAGUGGGCGGGGCCUGGCGGCAGGCGGGUGUUUGGGGUCUACGAGUGCUGUGGCGUGAGCGGCGUGUGCGACCACAAGUCCUGCCAAAAUGGCGGCACCUGCCAGGAAGACGCCAGCGGAGAGUCAGUGUGCGUGUGUGCGGGCCUCUUCCAAGGCGUGCGCUGCCAGCGGCCCAGCGACCCGUGUGCGUCGCAGCCUUGCAGCCACGGGCGUGUGUGCGUGGCCAAGGAGCAGGGCUACAUGUGCAACUGCUCGCUGGAGCGCGCCGACGCAGGGUGUCACAGCCUGGUGGACGUCUGCUCCCCCAAUCCAUGUCCUGAAGGCUUCCAGUGCCAACUGUCACAUGUCUCCUUCCACUGCGACCCUCUGCCUCAGGUGUCCCCCCUGCUGGGCUACAUGGAGAUCGUGGAGGUGGGAGGCAGCGUGCUGGGACUGAUGCUGCUGGUCGCCAUCUUUGUCUGCCUCAGAAAACGCUACCUGAGGCAGAAGAAGAAGAAGACUGUCUGCACGCACGACUCCAACAGUUCCUUCCCGUCCUGCUUGGCCAAGACCCUGAAAGAUGACGCCCCCCCCAUGGAGCUGAACUCUAUGGGCGCUCGCACCAAAGACCGGGUCCCCUCGUCCAAGUCCCACUGCCCGGUGGUGUGCAGCGUGGCCCCCAACCUGCCCGUCAGACCCCCGUCCUGCUCGGACAAUGACUCGGUCAAGAAGAACCACUGGGACAUGGACUAUGAAGUCUAUCCCGCUGACCCCGACUACUUCGGCCGCCCGGCCAGGCAGGACUUCCCGCAGUUUGACAUCGUGGAGGACGCCUGCGCCUCCUCCUCUUCCUGCAGCGCAGACUCGCGCAGGAACUCGCGUUUCGGCGGCUUCCCGUUCCCCCUGGAGCGCCGCGCCCCCCUGCCGCCGUGCUACAGCGGCCAGAACCUGGACCACUUCCUGGGUCCCGACGGCGCCCCCCUGCCCAGAUCCAAGUGUCCCGACGAGUUCGCCGCCAUCAGCUACUACCCGCCCUCGCCCGCCCGUUGCCGCGACGACAGGGCCGCCGGCUACAAGAGGCUGAGCGUGCGACUGAGCGUGGCCACGCCCACCUCCGCCGAGCAGACGGGCGCCACCAACGUGGCCCAGCCGCAGACUCGGCCCAGCGCAGGAAACUACGAGGGCUGCAGCGCGCCGGAGAGCGACUACGGCAGCAGCGAGGAGGUCAUGUUUUGAGGGCGUGGCGGCGGCGGCGUCCAGUCGGACUCGACAGGAAGUAGAAACCCACCGCCAGCUGGUCCGUCCUGUUGGAGGCUGGGCCCUCCCAGCGAGCACGUCCUAUGUCUGUGACCUUCCACCUUUGCUCUCAGUGUCACCCUCGUGAUUGGUUGUCGUGGUUCAGGCUCCGCCCCCGUCCGGCAGCCAUUUUAAAUGUCAUCAAUCUGCUUCAGAGAGAGAAAAAAAAAAAGACAUUUUUGAAAAUGAAGUGUUGACGCCUGACUGACUCUUUAACAAGAAAAAAACAUCUGGGAUUUUAUUUUGAAAUGCACUUCCUGUAACAGAACACAAAAAAGGUGAAUUUUCACAACAAGAGCAUCAAAAUAAACAUAUUGCAAAUGAUUUGAAGAAAAUAAAUGGUGAAAAACAUCAAUCAUAUUAAAUCAGUGCAGUUUUAUUGCAUUGGAAAAUAUUUCUUGUUGAGAAUGUCACAAUAAAAGCGUCCAUGUUGCAUGUGUGCUUGUUUUUUGAUGCAAACAUUUUACUUUGUAUUUUUUUUUUUUAUAGAUUUGAACGUUUGUUCCCUUUUAGCACUUUUUGGAAGGAAAAGUUGUGUUUUGGGUUGACGUCAUGAAGUGUUUGCUGUCUAAAGUUGUGUUGUAAAGUGUGUACAGUACACACAAACACACACACACACACAC